AUGAGUCAAAUAGCACAACAAUUGGCAAGUCCUCAACAACAGGGUGCUCUACCUAGUACCAUAGUUACGAAUCCCAAAGAUCACAAUAAUGUGAGUGCUAUAGUAACAAGAAGUGGAAAAGCGAAGGAAGUUGUGGAGGAGAACGCUGAAGAAGAAGAACCAUUGCUUGAAGUAGAUGUAGAAAUAAAAGAGAAUGAAGCACAAGUGGAAGACUUGGGUGUGUUGGAACCAACAACUAAAGGGAAGACUAGUGAACAAAAACCGGAAAUCAAAUUACCCUUUCCAACAAGAAAUAAGAAGAAAGGACAGCACGAGAAAAACUUUCAAAAAUUCUUGGAAAUGUUUAAGAAACUUGAGUUGAACAUACCAUUCCUGGAGGGUAUGAAGAUUCUGGUGAAGAAGAAAGACCGAGGCUCUGUAACUAUUCCUUGUACUAUUGGGGAUAGAUCAUUUAAAAAGGCUCUUAUUGACUUAGGAGCAAGUGUUAGCCUUAUGCCGCUGUCCAUCUACAAAAGAUUGGGAAUUGGUAAAGUUCAAGAUACAAGAAUGACACUCCAAUUUGCUGAUCAUUUCGUAAAAAGACCGUACGGGAUAGUAGAAGAUGUGCUUGUAAAAAUAGACAAGUUUGUGUUUCCAGUGGAUUUCGUAAUUUUAGAGAUGCCAGAAGAUGAAGAAAUUCCGAUCAUUUUGGGGAGACCAUUCUUAGAGACCGGGAGAUGUUUGAUAGACAUAGAAGAGGGCACUAUGACCUUGAAGGUGUAUGAUGAAGAGUUAAAAAUUGAUGUGAGGAACACCAUGAAAUACAAGGAUGAUGUUGCUACUAGUCAACAUAUUGAGGUGAUUGAUCAAAUUGUUCACAAUGAGAAUGCUUUGAAGUCACAACAAUUACCUUUAGAAAGAGUGUUGAGUUUGUCAAUUCUCAACGAAACUGAAGAGGUUGACGAAGAAGAGAUAAAAGUGUUGAAUAUGAUGGAGGCGAAACCUUUCUUUAAAAGUUCUCGACAAAAUCGGUGGGAGGAUUUAAGGCAACCAUUAGUAGAGGAAAAGAAAGAUGAACCAAAGAAGGGGGCUGAAUUGAAACAACUACCGGAGAAUCUCAAAUAUGUCUUCCUAGACACAGAAAAAAAAAUGUCCGGCUAUCAUAAGUUCACACCUUGA